AUGAACUUGUAUGCCAAGCAAAAAGAUAUAUCUUCAAAGUUUUGUAUCGAUCACCAAGAGCUGCGUAAGUUUUUGGGAAUAUUGUUGUUUACGUCUGUUUAUCGCUUUCCUAACAGUCGCUCAUAUUGGGGACAAUACGGAUUAGAUCCGAUACGUUUAUCCAUGACAUGCAAUCGAUUUGAAGAAAUUAGAAACCACUUGCAUUUCAAUAAUGAUGCGUCUCGUAUAGAGAAAGGUCAACCUGGUUAUGACCUCUUGUAUAAAAUAAGGCCGCUAGUAAAACAUUUCAACCAACGUUUUUCUUCAGUUCCAAUGCGGCAGAGACUUUGCGUUGAUGAGCAAAUGUGUGCCACGAAAAUGAGUGGAAACCCAGUGAGGCAAUAUAUGCCAGCAAAACCUCACAAAUGGGGAGCGAAACUAUUCGUGAUUUGCGAUUCCUUUGGAUAUUCGUAUUCCUUUGAAGUUUAUUGUGGCGCCGGCGAUAACAAAAUUUUGCCAAAUUGUCCAGAUCUUGGUGCUGCAUCCAAUGUUGUAGUUAGGUUGUCACAAGUCAUACCAAACAAUGCCAAUCAUAUUAUUUACUUUGACAACUUUUAUACCUCAUUGGGAUUGCUAUUAUAUAUGAGAAGUCGCGGAAUUCACAGUUUAUGUACAGUGCGAGGAAAUCGAGUACCAAAUAUAAAACUUUCCACAGACGCAGAGCUGCAAUCAAAAAAAGUAGCACGUGGGUAUAAUGAAGAAUACGUGGGAAGUGUUUUUGGAGUAGACAUAAGCAGCGUUUUGUGGUACGACACAAGAGCAGUUCGUCUGUUAUCCACCUACGUAGGAACAGAUGCAAUUGUACAUAAUGAAAGUUCAUAUUCCUUAAAGGCAAAUCGUUGGGAUCGAAAAUUGAAACAAAAUGUUGAGGUGGAUUGUCCAGCUAUUGUGAAAGAAUACAACCAGCAUAUGGGUGGUGUGGAUUUGGUUGACGGAUUGAUUGGUCGAUACCACAUAAAAAUGAAAACCAGAAAAUGGACAAAUAAAUUAUUUUACCACAUGCUGGACGUGAGUAUGGUGAAUGCAUAUUGUCUUUAUAACCGACUAAAUAAGGACGUCCUAAAGUGUAAACUUCCUGACUUCAGAUCAGAAGUGGCAGAAACACUUUGUUUGAUUGGUUCGACAAAACCUGUAAAACGUGGUCGUCCAUCGUCUUUAACACCUCCACCAAAAGCUAAAAAGACGUAUCACCUAUCAGAAAAUAUAAGAUACGAUCAAAUAGGACACUGGUGUAAGUUUUUGGACCGCUCAGGCAAAAAAAUGUGCAAAUUUCGUGGAUGCAAAUCAGAAACUCAGGCAUUUUGCAUUAAAUGUAAAAUUAAUUUAUGCAAUUCAACGGCAAAAGAUUGUUUUUUCAAAUAUCACAAUAAAGAAGAAAUGAAAACAUAAAUUUAUAUGAACAUUUUAAUGCAUAGGUCCGCCUUGAGGCGGAUUACCUUAUUUUACCUGUAAAAGGUACACAAAUUGACAAAUCGAAAAACUAACAUCAGAUUCGUCUUCACAGACCUGAAUAUAGUCUAAUAUAAAAAUCACAGUCGAAACAAAAAUUCAUGCAUUAGAGGGUUAAAUAAAUCAUAAGAAUAUUUACAUAGAAUGUAUGUAUAUAUACGAAGUGUGUUCAGAAAAUAAAAAAUUAAUCGUCGAAACACUUCUUAAACCCGAUUUUCGGGAUAGCCAUUUUUCAAUGGAAAUUUAAUAAAAUGACUGUUAUUUUUUUAAACACUCCUCUUAUACUGUGUAUAGAUAAAUGUCUAUUGAUCACCUACGGAAAAUAACGUGAAUCAAUUUGGUGAAUAAAGCUAGAACCCUCAAAAUGCGAAAUUAAAACUAUUAUCAAUUUCUUACUUUAUUAAAUUGUAUCGUGGAUAUUCUUGAUACAAACGAUUAAUUUUUCUGAACUCGAAAAGAUUGAAAAUUUAAUAUGAUUUAUAAAUUCACUUCUGUUCAUCAAAUACGUGUGUAUUUUAAAAGUAUACGUCCUUAAGACGUAUGUAUGUAAAUGUGAUAUGAUGUAAAUGUACAUACCAAAUACAGGCUAGCCAGUGGGCGAUCAGUACAAAUGUUGCCAUGAGAAGAACCAAUACAGCUGCGCCAUAUUCGGAGUAUCUAUCUAUUUUCCUAGCUACCCUCACGAGUCGUAGUAAUCGUGCAGUCUUGAGCAAUCCUAUUAGUGUGGUUGUCUGUAAAAAAAUAGAAAGAAAACAUUAACCAAAUUUGCGUAAAACGUAAUUAAGAAUAAGUGAAUAAAAGCCAUGUGUGCAAAUUCGGGAUCUUUGGAACACCCCGAAAUAAGACAUUACAGCUUUUUCACGACAUGUGUCUGUUUGAGUGAGGCGCAAAUCGAUGCUAAAUAUGAAUACAAUAU